AUGGACACUACUAGCAACGCGAUCUUUAUUCUGCAAUUUGUGCUCAAUUGCUUCAGUCAAAUCCAACUGGGGCGGGAGUUUGAAAGCGAGUUCGAAAUAGAUCAACUAAAACUUGAUAUUAUUCAGCUUCGCCUUUCGCGAUGGUGUGAGGUCUCUAGGCUCAACAAUAACAGCAAUGGCACCAUCGCAAGGGAGGGUCAGCCAACGCCUACCGAUGGGUUUGAGGACCCCGAGAACCCAACAAGGGAUCCUACCCUUGCAGUCCUCCUUGACAUCCGGGCCACCGUUAUCAAGGCUCAGCGAGAUGCUAGGAAGAAGAAGACCAACACUGCUGCAGGCCAGCCCCUAGACGUCGAUACAAGCAUUCCCGUUGAUAAUAGAGAAAUGCAUAAUCGCUUUAAAGACUUCCUCAGCAGCCGGACUUCACAAACUACAAACGUGGUCAACAGCCCAAAAUGGGCCUUUUACAAGAAGGAACACUUCAACAGAUUUAUCGCGGACAUGUCCUAUCUUACGGAUGCACUAGAGAGCCUUAUUCCUGAAGAUGAUAAGCAGAAGCUUCUAGAACUUAGCAACGACGAAUGCGAAGGGAUCAGCAAGCCUAAUCUAGUGGAUCUGAAAGUUAUCGCCAAGAACUGUGACCCAUCACUGGAGAAUGUGGUGGAUGGAGCACCGAAGACUCGUGGCGGAGCCAAUUAUGCUACACAAUUAUACAUCACUGGCAACGCUAUGGGUGUUAACAAUGCCGAAGCACCCAAAUCGCCCAAAUCGCCCAAAAUAUCCAAAAUAAUCAUCAUGCAUGUAGGUAUCAAUCACACAAACCUAAAGAAUUUUGACGGCAUUGCUUAUCAAGAUAUUGCAAUUCACGCCUAUGACACAAUUCAACGAUCUCCUGCAGAGAUGGCGAAGAAAAAUCACAAGGACACAGCAUGGGCUUGGAAAGAGCUCAAACCAUGCGAAUUGUUAAUGGAAACGAAAGAAUUCAAAGAUUGGCUCAACAACAAAAGCCGACACUCUAUUCUUUGGAUAAGCGGCUACUCUGGACGUCGCAAGACAACGUCCCGCGUCAUUGAAGAUAUUUAUGAGAAGAACGUGGGGAGAGAUCCCAAAUCUUUCUAUGUCCUAUAUUUUUAUGUCGGCUAUGGAGAUGAUGCUGCUACGAAAAACCGCGAAAAUACGGAUCAGGACAUCCUGGAUGCCCUGAUCGAUCAUUUAGUUGGAGAACAGCGCGACAUAUACAUCUCUAUUGGUGCACUGGAUCAACUUCUUCCUAAGCACAGUAAUAGGUUGAUUAGCCGUCUCUGCGAGCUUAUCAAAAGACUGAAGAGCGAGAGUAACCCUUGCCGCCUCGCCGUAGCUAUCAGCUCACGGAACCUCAGCUCCCACAUUAUUUGGAAAAUUUUUGACAACUUCUCUGAUCUUCGAGUUGAACCCGAUAACAAAGCCCCAGAUAUGCUGAAAUGCUUGAAGGACAUCGUUCACCUUUAUUCAAAGCCGACCCAAACCUGGAGAAAUGUUUAUAAAGAAGCUAAUAGCUAA